AGAAGGCAGUGACGACAUUUGUCUGCGACUGUUUUGUUGCGUUGAAAGUGGAGUGCGUAUGUGUAGUGAACUGCGGGGUCUGUUUUCGCAACUCCGACAUUAAUUUGUUUGUAUUUUCGAGCGGUUAGCUGUUUGUUUUAAACAGAAACGUUAUGGCGCAGUAUAAGGGAGCCGCCAGCGAAGCUGGAAGAGCGAUGCAACUGAUGAAAAAGCGAGAAAAGGAACGAGAACAACUGGAGCAACUCAAACAAAAAAUAGCCGAGGACAAUAUGGUGAAGUCCAACAUCGAUAAGAAAUUUUCUGCCCAUUAUGAUGCUGUGGAAGCAGAACUGAAGUCCAGCACUGUGGGUCUGGUUACCCUCUAUGACAUGAAAGCCAAGCAGGAGGCGCUGGUGAAAGAGAGGGAGAAGCAACUGGCCAAGAAAGAACAGUCAAAAGAACUUCAGCUGAAGCUGGAGAAGCAGAAGGAAAGGAAGAGGAAGGAGGAAGAGAAGAGAAAGAUUGCCAGCCUUUCAUUUAAUCCUGAAGAUGAGGAUGAAGAUGAGGAGGAGGAGGAGGAGGAGGAGGAGGAAGAAGAAGAUGAUGACAGGCUGGAAGACGAAGAAGAGGAUUAUGUUCCCGCAAAGAAGAAGAAACUGGGCAAAAAUCCGGAUGUGGACACCAGCUUCCUGCCUGACCGGGAUCGAGAGGAAGAAGAGAACCGUAUGAGAGAGGAGCUCAGGCAGGAAUGGGAGCGUAAACAAGAGAAGAUAAAAAGUGAGGAGAUCGAGAUCACCUUCAGCUACUGGGACGGCUCCGGGCACCGCAGGACUGUCAAGAUGAAGAAAGGUAACACCAUGCAGCAGUUUCUGCAGAAAGCUCUGGAAGUCCUCAGGAAAGACUUCAGUGAAUUGAGGUCAGCUGGAGUGGAGCAGCUGAUGUAUAUCAAAGAAGAUCUCAUCAUUCCACAUCAUCACAGCUUCUAUGACUUCAUUGUGACAAAAGCCAGAGGCAAAAGUGGACCGCUGUUUAACUUCGAUGUGCACGAGGAUGUGCGGUUGCUAAGCGAUGCCACUGUGGAAAAGGAUGAGUCUCAUGCAGGCAAAGUGGUGCUUAGGAGCUGGUACGAGAAGAACAAGCACAUCUUCCCUGCUAGCCGCUGGGAGCCGUAUGACCCAGAGAAGAAAUGGGACAAAUACACCAUCCGGUGAAGAAAGAGAACAACCCUGUGUCAUCUACCUUUGACAUUUAUAUUACCCUUGAAUAUCUUUGUGUUAAACCUUGAACAAAUUCACUCUUGUCUUUUUGAUUUAGUUUGAUUCUUGUAAACAUAAUAUGGGGAUUUCUCAAAAAUGUUCACAAGUCAUUUUAGAGUGGAAAGUAAAUGUAUUCCCUCUCUUUCUUACUCCUUUUAUUUUCCUCUUUCCUGAUCUAUAAGAUUUAAUUGUGUGAGCUUAGUACUAUGCUAGUUGUAUAUGAGCUUUGCAGCAUGCUAGUUGUGGUAUAAAUAAACAUUCACACCAUUUA